AUGACAGAAAUGACAGAACAAAGCCGAUUUAAUGACACCUUCAGAGGAGGAGCUCAUCUUCGUGCUCCUUGGACCUGCAGCCUGCAGGUGGGGAAGAGAAUAAGCGACCCUGCAGCAGAAGGGAGGAGGAAGCAGCAAGCAGCAGGAAAGAUCCACGGAUGGGCUGCUUGGAUUGGAACUGGAAGGGAGGGAGGAGGGAGUGAGAUGCACGCAGCAGGGAAGAGAUGGAGCUCAGCUGCACACACAGCAGGAGUGAGGAGUACUGAGGAUUGA